UAAUAAUACAAGAGACCGAACGACUAGAGAUUAGAGAAGGCGGUGCUUCUUCUUCUUUUCCAGAGACUACCAAGCCCAAACCAGCAACCACCCGCCGCCGCCGCCAUGUCGGGAGGGAUCGCACGCGGCCGCCUCGCGGAGGAGCGCAAGGCCUGGCGGAAGAACCACCCUCACGGGUUCGUGGCGAAGCCGGAGACGAUGGCCGACGGGUCGGCGAACCUCAUGAUCUGGCACUGCACCAUCCCCGGCAAGCAGGGGACCGAUUGGGAAGGUGGGUACUACCCUCUUACCCUUCACUUCAGUGAGGACUAUCCUAGCAAACCACCCAAGUGCAAGUUCCCACAGGGCUUUUUCCACCCAAAUGUCUAUCCUUCAGGAACAGUGUGCCUCUCAAUUCUUAAUGAGGAUAGUGGCUGGAGACCUGCUAUCACUGUAAAGCAGAUCCUUGUUGGAAUACAGGACUUGCUUGAUCAGCCAAAUCCUGCUGAUCCUGCACAGACUGACGGUUAUCACAUUUUUAUACAGGACAAACCAGAAUAUAAGAGGCGUGUUCGUGUUCAGGCCAAGCAGUACCCUGCUUUGCUUUGAGGACAUUGGCCUAAUAAAGUUACUACCCGAUUCAUCAUGCACAUCCGCAUAGUAGUUUGCAAAAUCUCAGAUUAUUGCACCAGAAAAUAUCGGAUUUUAUGGGAUAUAACCUAAAAUGGAAUGUUUGAAGAACUGUCCAAUAUCAUUGUGGACUUUUUGUGCUGUCAUUACCAUUUGUGCUGUGUGAAGAACAGAAAUAGCUUUGUCAACUGUUGAAACCGCUUGAGUGAUGGAUGCUAAUUUGGAUAACAAAUGAACUAAAUCCCUGGUCGUACCAACUCUCUUGAAGAGAAAAUUGCCUUGUACUGUUUUGCAAUUCAACUUGCUUGUGAGUCCUUUCUUCGUGUUUC